CUGAUAGACGGGGGAUUUUUUUUACAAAAAAGCCCUAAAUCAUAUAGUAAUUGAGUAUCACACACUAUCAGUAGUACUAUCUCAACUACACUGAUCAUACAUGCAUACAUUAUAUGUAGACUGUAAGGGCCCGUUUGGCCAUGAAAAUUGUGAAAUUGGUUUUCAAAGGAAAAAUGGUAUUUGGAAAUUGGACUUGUGUUUGGCCAUGAAUACAAAUUGGACUUGUUUUUGAAUUUUUCUGAGUAGUGAUUUGGAGUUAAAAAAGUGAAAAAGCUUUUUGGUGUUUUCCAAGUUCCGGAAAAUUCAAGUUGAAUUCCAGAAUUUUAUGGCUAAACAUGAUUUCCGCAAUUCAACUCCAGAAAAAAGUAAAAUAUAUUCAUGGGCAAACGGCCACUAAAUUGCUCGUGGUGGAGUAAUUUGCAAAGCCAAGUAAAGGCAUUGGAGUUGGGACUCAUAAAUGGGGGACGAAAAGGAUGCUUUUUAUGUGGUGCGUAAAGGGGAUGUGAUCGCGGUCUAUAAGAACCUGAGUGAUUUGCAAGCUCUGCUACGAACAUCUGUCGGUGAACCAACCAUAAAUGUUUAUAAAGGGUAUCACCUGGCUAAGCAAUCUGAAGAGUAUCUGGCCUCUCAUGGACUCAAAAAUGCAAUGUAUUCUAUGGAUUUCAGUGAUGUUCGUGAUGAUCUCUUUGGGAUACUCAUCCCAUGCCCUUUUCGGCAACCUGGCUCUUCAAAAGAUAAAAUAAUCGGGAAGAAUAUUCAGGAAAAGAGGAUUCAGAUGGAGGUGGUGGCAUCUCCUUCGUUUUCAGCUGCUGGUCAGCAAAAACAUGCCAAAUUAGACAAUUUCCUAGAAGUGCCCCCAAUUUCGUCAUAUUGUCCCCCCCACAUGCAGUGCUCAUGCAUUCUUGAGUUUGAUGGGGCUUCAAAGGGGAAUCCUGGACCAGCUGGGGCUGGGGCUGUGCUACGUGCUGCAGAUGGAAGUAUGGUUUUCCGGUUGCGUGAAGGUGUGGGACACGCAACUAACAACGUUGCUGAAUAUAGAGGCGUAAUCUUAGGGCUAAAAUAUGCUCUUGAGAAAGGUUUCAAGCACAUAAAAGUUAAGGGCGACUCAAAACUUGUCUGCAUGCAGGCUCAAGGAAUCUGGAAAUGUAAGAACCAGAAUAUGGCUGACCUAUGCAAGAUUGUCAAAGAGCUUAAAGAUCAGUUUAUGUCAUUCCAGAUCAACCAUAUGGACAGAGAAUUCAACACCGAAGCCGAUGCCCAGGCAAAUUUAGCCGUGUAUCUCAAGAAUGGUGAAUUUCAAGUGGAAUGUGACAUGAAAUAACUUAAGUCACCACCUACCUCAACUUGUUGGGAUUUUGGGAAGGAUGAAUGACCCCCAAGACGUGUAAUGUAUUUUUGGUGGUCUAAAACCAUGUCUUGUUCCUUGUAGAUAUAUGAUCUGAUUAAUUAAUCUCGUCUCAUUUGCAAUGGAAAUUAGUUGGUCCAA